UGACUUUGUUUUCUCAUUCAAAGGUCGCUACAAUCUCAGCAAUCUUCACGAAGCGUGUGUUGAUAAAUAUCUGCGAUACGGUCCAAUCGUGAGGGAAGAGUUCCAGUGGCGCAAACCAGUCGUCCAUCUCUACAGGCCAAAGGAUUUCGAAGACGUGUUUCGAAUGCAGGGAAAGAUGCCGAUGAGACCCAUCAGCGAAUUCGUUAAACACUACAGGCUCAGCAAUCCCGACAAGUAUGAUUCUCCCGGUUUAGCUAACAGCGUUGGUGAGGAAUGGUUACGGCUGAAAACUCUGCUCAUGCCUGUUCUGCUGAACGAUGAAAAAUUGAAUUACUUACAUGGAAGCGUCAACGACAUCUGUGAUGACUUUACAGAACUUCUGCGGUCUGUGAGAUGCCGGAAAACGUUUGUGGUGAACGACUUACAAGACGUUGUAUAUCGCCUGGCCCUAGAAGCUAUCUACAUGAUGAGUUUGGACUGUCGCCUGGACUGCCUGAAAGUGGAUUUGCGACCUGACACACCGGCUUUUGCCAUGAUUUAUUCGGUGAAACUUUUAUUUGAAGCAUUCCAGGAACUUUAUUACGGGCUACCUCUUUGGAAAUUUUUUAAAACCCCUUCCUAUAAGAAAUUGGACAAAGCCGAAAGUAUCAUGUAUGAUGCAGCCAGCAGACGCAUCGAAGAGGCAAUCGAAAGAAUCCGGCACGAAGACGGCGAGAAAAGGGACAGAGAAUUAAGCGUGCUGCAGACUCUUAUAGAGUGCAAAGACAUAUCAGAUAAAGAAAUCAAAGCUUCAGUCAUCGAUUUCAUCUCGGGAGGUAUAUUCACUGUCACAAACGCUUUCACUUUCUUACUCUACCACCUGUCUCGAAAUCAAGAUGUCCAAGAAAAGCUGUACAGAGAAGUCUCCGACAUUGCCAAAGAUUCAGUCAUUACCAAAGAAACGCUCGACAAGUUACGUUAUUUGAAAGCAUGUGUCAAAGAAUCGUUCAGGUUGACUCCUACGAUACCAACAAUAACAAGGAUACUAUCCGAAGAUAUUAUAUUAUCAGGGUAUCACAUACCAGCAGGGACUCCCCUGUUCUGUAACUUCGUCGUGCCAAGCAAGCUAGCCGAGAAUUAUCCAGAACCGGAACGCUUCCUCCCGGACAGGUGGCUGACGAGAGACCGAUGCAACAGUCGCUUUACCAUGAUGCCAUUCGGGAACGGAAAACGGAUAUGUAUCGGAAGGAAGUUUGCAGAAAUGGAAAUGUACACAGCCCUUGCCAAAUUGAUUUACAACUUCAAAUUAGAAAGCACAGGUCAAGUUGUGAAAUGCAAGCAAGCCUUCAUAGUAGUGCCUUCCGAGCCAGUAUCUAUUAUUUUUAAAGAUCGACAUAAUGUCUAAUGUAGGAAUAGUCAGACGAUUUUUUAUUCUAUUCUUAAGCACAAUCAUUAAGUACAAAACAUAUUAUUGAUAUACCCUUAUGAAAAAUUUUUAUAGGCUAAUAGAGUUCUGUAGAAAUUCCUAUGAAACUUUACAUGUAAUCCUCUAUAGCCUGGUCUCAAACUCAGAUUACUACAUGAGGGUCGAAAUAAUUCAAACAUAUUUGAUUAAUCAUUAAAUAACUUAUUUUAAUUUAAACUAAAAAUAAACAAAUUACGAAAACUUUACAAAUUUUCAGAGGAAGUUUAUCAAGUGUGAGAAAACUUGAGUUUGACCUCGGUGCAUCAAAAAUUCUGAAAAAACCCUAGCAUAACUCUGAUGCCGUAUUACAUAUAGAAUCAUUCGUGUCAACCAUCUGCCAAGAAUACACACGAGGUGGGCACAGUCGUGACCUUCUUCCAGUUGGCCGUGGUCACAGUACACAUUGACAAUAACGAGGCCGUUGCAAGAGACAAAUACUUUUGUGUUGUGAAAUUUUCUAUGUCCGUCGAGGGCUCUGGAAAUAUGCGAUGUAUGUCAGACACUUAUGACACACGUGUCAUAGGCUAGCCUAUUCUCUUUCUCUUAUUAAAUUUCUCUUCGAUGCAUAAACAUACAAUGUUCCUCGCUAAUUUAUCGAUAAAAUUUCGAGAAACCGACUUAACUAAGCAGCAAUUCAUCACUGAGUUUGAGUAUUUAAAAUGUAGUUUUGAGAAGGACUAAACUACACUUUUAUUCACUCAAGGAAAUAGCAACAGAUGGCCCCCCUUCUUGGGCUUACAGGAAAGCCUCCACUUGGGCUUUUAAAUCAGGAUAAGAAAAUAAGAAACUAAUCUAAUACUAAACUAAAACCGAAGUUAGACACAGUUUGGCCUUUAAUUUAAACUAGCCGGCAAUUUUUAACAGGCAUGUACAAUAUGGCCGAGUGUAAUAGAUUCAAGAAUGAAAUAGCCAGAAGGCAAACACGCCCCACUAAAGGACUCCUAAACACUCGCUCUCGAAGUAAGUUGAACUUCAUUUAAAUGCUUCUUUUAACUCAUCUGCAUUCAAUGAUAUUUCUAAAAACUCAUUCUGGUAGGGAGUUGUAAAUAAUAAAAAACGUAUGUAUGAAAAUAAUUAUAAACUUUUUUAGUUCUUACCAGAUCUUGACGCUCGAUGGCUUUUGAUUCUGAUCAAGUUUGUAGCCUCGGUGAGAAAUUAAUAGAACUGAUCUUAUCACUGAUUGCAAAUGCUGAUUGGUCAAUCGGGUUCUUUUCUUAUGAAUUUUUAUUUGUGGAAAAAAAACUGUUCACAUAUUCCCAAACAAAGCGAAUAUUCUCAGAGAGCAAAAAUACCUAACUAAGCAUACUCAUUUUAUGAACAAUUAUGAAUAAAAGUUAAUAAAACCUGCAUCUUCAAAUCUUUAAAUAAGAUUUCUAUCACACUGUAGAUUAUUCAGCUUAUACAUUUUACUGCCAGUUUGAGACCAUCGCUCUAGAGAAAUCAUUUUCUGUUAAAUUCUACAGAAAUGUUAAAAACAUUUCACCGAACAGAAUUUUAUAGAAAUACUGCUUUUCAAUAUUUUUGAAUUCUAGUAGAUACAAAUUUUAUCUUUGAAAGUAUCCUAGUAACAACUAAACAAUAAAUAUUCUAAGAAGCUAUUUCAAAAGGGGGGAAGAAAACUAUUUAUUAAAAGAAUUCAUAGUUUGAUUACCUUUGUAAGAUCUUUCAGCCAUUCUAUGAACAACUUUAGAUUAUGUCAAAUAUUUCUCUCCACAGCAGAAUUCUGAAUUGAAUCUCAAAGUAAAUUAAAUUUCAUUCAAUUUAAAAUUCUUCUAUGAUGAGAAAUUCAAUGCACAAAACACCGUUUGCAAAUUAAAAAUGACAAAUAUAAUAACAGCAAACUUUAUUUUUAUUUAUGACCUCUUUUUUAUUUUAAAAUUCUUUUUCCGAACCCGAUGGUGCAACAAAAGGAAUAACCAGUGAAGAGAAGGUGGGAUGCAAUAAACUGAAGAAUAAUGAAUGGAAAAUUAGAAGAUAUAACUGUAAUAUAUUUUAUAUUUAGUUAUUUAAAAAAACACGAAUUUUAAUAAUAUGAAAUAUAAAAUAUGUUAUCAGAAUAUGUGCAGUUCUUUUGAAAUAAGCAUAAGUAUGUAAUGAAUACAAUUUUUCAGUGAAAAUGCACAAUUUGUUUGUCUAUUAUGCUCAAAUAAAAUUAUGAAUGCAUCACAUGUAUAUAAAAGCUUUUUGAAAGAAUUAAAAUUGUUAUCCUCGAAAUUUCUUUCCAAGAUAGUAAGAAUUCUGAAGAUUGUGUCAAAAGACUGUGUUCUGAAUAUCUACAGGAAUUCUGAUUGUGUAAUUCGGACUGCAUAAAAAUAUACUGUGAAUUUAUGCAAUUUAAGCACCUGAAUAUGAAAAUAAUAUUAAACUGUAGAGCAUUUAUCAACAUCAGAACAGUUUAUCAAACUAAAAUAAUAAAUUAUAAAAAGUCAUAGGUUUAUCCUUGUGAAAAAUGGCACUCAGGAAAAGAAUAUUGCUUUUGUAAUGAAUAACAAAUGAAUUUUUUUAUAAAGAUCAAUGCAAAUAAAACUAUUUUCAUAUUGUAUAAUAAAGCAUAUGUUUAUUUUGUAUUUAAUUUUAAAAGAAAAUAAAUCUGUGAAAUAUGU